CUCCGAUCACAUCGCGACCCGGACCCUUCUUCUAUCCACCAUCCAAUACAUACAGAAAUCCGUAGCCAAGCUAUGAGUCGAGGCGGUAAACUUGCACCCGAGGUCAAUCGAGCUUUGUUCGUCAAGAAUCUAAGCUACAACGUCGCAGUCGAGGAACUCUUCGACCUGUUUGGCAAGUUUGGUCCCAUUCGCCAAAUCCGCCAGGGAAUCGCAAACAACACCAAAGGCACUGCCUUUGUGGUCUAUGAAGACGUAAUGGAUGCAAAGCAGGCGUGCGACAAGUUGAACGGAUUCAACUUCCAGAAUCGGUAUCUCGUUGGUACGUACAGCUCCAGCCAAGCCAGGCACACGACCAUCUCUAACUCGAUCUACAGUACUAUAUCACCAACCAGACAAGAUGGUCCGAUCAAAAGAGGACAUAGAGGCCCGCAAGGACAAUUUAGAGCAGCUCAAAAAGCAGCACGGAAUCGAAUAACAAAUAGACGGGCCUGCGAAUCGGUCAACUGGAGGACAAGCACGUUCCCCUCGUUCACGACCUCGAAACGCGACAACAUCAUCAUCCUCCAUCACCAAGGCCCUUGUAGGCCCGUCUACCUCGCAGCAAAUGUCCGAGAUUAGGAAGGGCAGCGUAAGCACCAUCGCUGGUGGUCACUCUCGACGUCUUCGUGAUUCUUCGGCCGGUGCGGCUGCUGUUACGACUACGACAAGUUCUUUCAUUGGUUUCGUUAAGGGAUUGCUUCAUUUCAAAUAAGGCAGGAAGGCGUUCUGUUAUUCGCGUUGAAAUUUGGGGGUUUUGCUUCAUCCAUUCAAUCAUGACAGACGGGGCUGGGAAGGGCAAGGUCAUUGAUUUGAAUCCGGGGACGGCUGGCUAGCUGUCUUCGAUGGACACAACAUGGAUUUACCUAUUGGUUCUUCAUAUUUGCUGUGGUUGUGGUUCAUUCUUCGGAAUAACCUACUCGCUCCUCUUUUUCCUUAAAUCUGUCGCUCAUGGAUGGGCUUGCAUGAGAUUGAUACUGAUACUUGCAUUGCAAAUUGACACAUCUUUGGCUGAAGUCUUCGGACUAGGCACGACCACGCAAAUAUGUUUUACUGACUGGCAUUCGCAACUGUCUCUAAGAUGAUCAAUUGACUGACAAGCACGUUGGAGCUGCAGCUGUACUCGGUGUAUGGCAUAGAACAGUACAUGGCUUCUCCACUUCUGCCUUGAGAAGUCACACAUCACGCAUCGCAUCUCACCAUCCCGAGGUCAUCAAACCACCCAGUCAUAUUCGUACCCACCCGACACUUGUACAACGCAAAGGAUAAUCCGAGGAACAUCCUUUCUCCGUCCCAUCCACUCAAUCACCUGCAGUUCCGUCUUCCACUCACCCAAACUUCCUUUAAUCUAAACCCCCCACUCCACCUGCAAUAAGCCUCGCAUUCAUGCACCCUAUCCACGUGCCUCCCUCACAUUGGCCUCGUUUCUCACGGCUAUUGAAGGGAUUGCUCGUUUACCUAUGACUUGCAUAACUACUCGGUAGGUAGAGCACAUGAAUAGUAAUAAUAACAUGCGCCGUAGAUCUCCCUGCCCAAUAACAUUGUGAGUUGGGGAGGAAGUAGAGUUAAAAACCCCACAUGGCUGGCACCUUCCGCCUGCCCUCCUCUUAUCAGCUCCCAUUACAAAGACAACCUGAACUUAAAGACCUCUGCCCUACUUCGCUGCCCCGCCUCAGCUUUCCUUCUCCUCCAGAAAAAUAUCAAGACACAAAUCGAAGAUCAAAGUCAAACUCGAAAGGAUACGAACGGAAAUAAGAAGAAGGGAAGAAGAAGACACCUAACCAGUCAACAUGCACGGCUCCGAAUGUCCCAAGUGUGGUGCUGCGUCUGAUGGUGGGAAGAGCUGCGGAAGUUGCGGUGCUUCGUGCCCAAACUAAACCUCCUCCUCCUUUCUGAACUCGAGCAUAUCAUAUCAUAUCAUCCCGCGACAUAAACAUCUCACUUCUCCAAUCUCGACUUACUCGUACUUAGCCCAGCCAACGCUCGAAGGGCAGGGUUGUCAAACAUACUGAGGGAGAGAUAGGACGGAGCGGAGAAUGGGAUGGCGUGAAAUGGUGUGAUAUGAUUCUUCAGUUUGGGAUCGAAUGCAUUUGCGCCUUUUGUUCUUGCAGAUAUUCUUUUGCGCUGGCUUUCACAUGCGAUGGGAUUUCUUCGUACAUGCUUUAUAUUCCUUUCUGGGAGGGCAGUAGGGACGGCUGGGGUGGGGUGGGAUGGGCAUGGUUGGCGGAGUGUGGGCGGGUUGGGUUUAGGUUGGGAUGGAAUGGGUGGGAGAUACCUGAUGUGAUGCGAUGCGAUGCGUUUGGGAAUCGAAGAUAUGCGUUAUGAGGAAUGAGGAAUGAAAUUUACGACUUUCUCUUGCUUCGAAAAUUCGCUGAUAUUAUUCUAAGAUCCCUAUGAUAUACUCUCUGUUCUGCUACAGUAAAAGCUUGGUUCACAGAGUACCCCUCCCCAAGCUUUAGUUCGCCGCCAGCCGCGGCAAGAUGAGAGCGAGAUUCAACUUGACAGAGACUCUUUGCUUAUAACCAUAAAGGUGAAAUAGAUAUAUACUUCUCUGCGAGUCUUCUUCGCUCGAGUCAUACUGCAAUACCUACACACAUACCCUAAUGUGAAAUCUCGUUGGUCCGCUGACUUGCUGGCUUCCAGUGGACGGUCUGGGCUGAUGUUGUAGGUGGGGUAAAUGCGCUAAGAGAAUCCCCUAAGACCGACGCGGUGGCUUGAGGAUGGUCAAGCACGAGGGACUUUUGGAAUGUAAUGAAAUGAAAUCAAGCAAGUAGGAAAACAA